AUGUCUGACAUUGAAGGAGACAGAAUACCGACUCCCACUCUUUGGGAAACUGGGCAACUGGGCUCGCCCACCGAACCGCCGCCCAUCGUCGUCAGAUGGAUACACCUGGGGAGCUCUCACAUUGCCCUCCCCGACUCGCCCGUAUCUUCUCCAACGACUUCAUGGGAUGCCCUUACGGUGGAGGAAUCACGGCUCUGCGAGGAGGCAUGGAACGGACUUCCCGCAGAGGAACGUGCAGCAAUAGAUAAAGAAGAGAGGGAGAAAGAGACGAAGAAGGAUAGCGGAAAGGAUAAGGAUAAGGGAAAGAACAAGACUGCUGGUGCUGAACCACCAACCCUUGAUCGCCCUCGGGGUAUUCCAGUCGGUCGGGAUGGCCUAUUCGAGGUGGACAUCAAGACGCUCACGCUCUUCUCGGUCUUCUGGAGACUAUCAACUCCGCCUAUCCUUGUCCGACGAGCCACAUGGAUGUACAACACCCACCAACCUUGUGAAUAUGCCCUAUGUGAUGGUCUGGAAGAAGCCUAUCGAACGAUCAAGCCCUAUCUCUCUUCAUACGCGGCCGAACUGAAAACCUCCAUCUCCCUCGGCUCAGAAGCCCAAGCGAAACUCCGAUAUCGCCUCCCCUCAGGUCAGGUAGUCCUGUUUCAAACCAGCACCAGCGCAUACAUCUACCCCGCGGCACUCGCACGCGCCCUCCCGGCUCUGACGGCAAUGUUCUCAAUGCCUCCUGGUACAAGCGUCGUACAUCGUGGUUAUGACGCGGCUGAACGUGCUACCAAGACCAACCAUUCUCGCACUAGCUCGCGUGCACAGAGUGGAUCUCUCGAAGACCAGGCAGCGAUGGAGACGCUUGGACAAGCGGUGCCGGAAGCGGGGGAUGAGGAGAAAGAGGGAAGCGACAAAGUGACGGACCUGAUUCUGGUCAUCCAUGGGAUUGGGCAGGGACUAGCCGCAUCGUGGGAGGCUUUCAACUUUGUCUAUGCUGUUAAUAUCAUCCGGGGCGUCGCCAGGAAACAAGCCCUGAGUCCGGCUCUGUCCUCAGUACUGCGCUCUCACCGCGUUCAAUUCUUGCCCAUACUCUGGCGUGCAAAUAUACAAAUAGAUGAAGCAGAGGAAGAAGCAAGGAAGAAAGAUGGACUGGACAACGCUUUCACCGUCGAAGACAUCACGAUCAAGGGGAGCAUACCCUAUGUGAGGGACAUGACCAAUAACGUUUUGAUCGACAUACCGUACUUCAUGUCAGACCAUCGGUACAGCAUGGUGGACGCGGUGUGUGCUCAAGCCAAUCGUGCCUACCGUCUAUGGUGCGAACGACAUCCCGACUUCCUCGAAUUCGGCCGCGUGCAUAUAGUUGCCCAUUCACUUGGUGCCGCACUCGCAGCUCAUAUCCUUUCUGACCAACCGACCUACACCAAGCAGUACGAGUUCGGCGAUCCGAUCCCCAAAAAUCACUUCAUCUUCGAUACCAGCACGUUAUUCAUGCUUGGGUCUCCGCUCGGCAUCUUGAUGAAUGUGUACCAAAGCCAGUUGAUUGCCAGACGAGGGAGGGAAAGGACCAAGGAUGCCGAGCCGGAUGUAGCACUGGACAAGGUUGGCAAGUUCGGUUGCCUGGCGGUGGACGCCAUCUACAACAUCUUCAAUGCGCCCGAUCCCGUGGCCUAUCUUGUCAAUCCCUGCGUGGAUGCGGAUGUUGGUCGCACUCGUCCACCUUCAGCUGUUCCCAACAUAAUCGGCGGCAUCAUGGAUGGGGUCACGAACUCCCUCUCACGAUUCAAGGACUCUCUGCCGACGCUACCCACCUUCCCUCCCCUUCCAACGUUCCCGACGCUUCCAUCUCUGAACAGCUUUGCUAUCCCCUUCUCUGUCUGGAUCUCGUCGGCAGCAGCAGCAGCGGAGGCGGAAAAAAAAGAAAGAGAGCCAGCAGGUGCACAAUCAAUCAGCGCUAUUGAUAUGGCGCCUUCACCCGAGGUUAUAGCACAACGGCGCAAAGAACGGGCGGAGAAGCGGUUCAAGGCGCUCAACCCACACGGGACAUUGGAUUACGUGCUGCCGCGGCAGAGCAAUAUGAGCGAGUAUCUCGAGAUGAUCAGCGCCCAUGCAACGUACUGGGCAGAUCCUAACUUGUCAUCGUUCAUCUUGACCGAAAUUUCAGCAUCCAAGGAAGAUCUUGUGCGGACUGGUCUGAGCAUUGAUGAGCCUGUUCCGGUGCCGGUUGAAGGCACUGGGACUGGCGAAGAAGGGGAGGAAAUACCUCUUUGA